AUGGAACGGAACGGAACAGGGGUGCUGAGUCUUGAUGGCUUCAUAGACGUAGACAACUACAGAUAUGUUUACUUUGUGUUUUUUGUGGCAAUGUAUGUUGUCAUUGUAUGCUCUAAUUGUAUCAUUAUUUAUGUCAUCAGGAUUCACCGGAACCUUCAUGAACCAAUGUACAUUUUCAUUGCAGCUUUGUCUCUCAACUCUCUUUUAUUCAGCACGACUAUCUACCCUAAACUCAUUGUGGAUGUCUUGUCUCAUCAGCAGAGCGUUUCUUACUCCGUGUGUUUGUUACAGGUUUAUGUUUUCUACAGUGUGGCUGCUGCUGAUUUAAUGUUGUUGUCAGGAAUGGCUUACGAUAGAUACGUGUCCAUCUGUAAGCCACUGCAGUACGUAUCUCUGAUGGGUAAAACCCGUGUCUGCAUUUUCCUGGGUUUGGCCUGGUUUCUGCCUGCCUGUCAUGUGUCGGUGUCAGUGAUUAUUCGGUCCAAACAAAAACUUUGUAGUUUCUCUUCAGGGGGGAUUUUUUGCAAUAGUGCAAUUGCUAAGAUUCACUGCUCGACGCCGACGUCUCUGAUUGUGUUGGGUUUUAUUGUUAUCAUAAACAUGGCUGUCAUACCUGUGCUGUUUAUCCUCUUCACUUAUAUAAAAAUAUUCGCUGUGGCAUUUGGUAGCCACGGAGAAACUCGGACAAAAGCCAUCGAUACGUGUUUACCCCACUUGAUUGUUUUAAUCCUCUUCUCCUGUUUGAUUGUCUUUGAUGUCAUUAUAGGGAUUUUGGAGACGGAGCUUCCCAAAAUUUUGCGACUGAUCAUAAGUCUGCAAAUAUUAGUGUGGAGUCCGUUGUUCAAUCCGAUUAUAUACGGUUUAAAGAUGAAAGAAAUCUCAAAACACAUCAAGAAAUUCAAUUCGUGUUGCAAUCAUGUUGAAAUGAUCAAAAAAUAG